ACAUGUAAAAUGGCGUCGUUUGUGUCUUGCUUGGUUUCAUUAGUUUUUUUAUCAAUUUAGUGCAAAUAGGGUUUUAAAUCAUAUCACCCAUCAUACUACCUAUCUCCAAUUUUGUAUAAUCACUUUUCAACCUCAACAAAAAAAAGGCAUUACAUAUUUCUGAGAGUGCAAUGUCAGAGGAGAUAGAUCGACAGUGUGAGACGGCGAGUGACAAUGCGGGCGGAGGAAGUUUAAAACCGACGCGUGUGCUAUUGACCUCACAUCAGCUUGAUGCCGCCACCGCGGACUCCUUACGCACCGCGUGGAAAACCCAGGACUCGUACAUUGACCACCUUGAAACAUUGAACAAACAGUUGGAAGGACGCUUGGAAAAAGCGAAAGAGAUAGAGGAUAAGCACAAACAACAAAAUGCAGAGUCACAACAUAGGGAGAGAGUCCUCGUCAGAAGGCUCGCUGCUAAAGAACAAGAGAUACAAGAUUAUGUAGGACAGAUAACAGAAUUGAAAUCGUCACAUGCAAGUCUUAACGGCCGACCUACACUAUUAGACCCUGCAGUUAACAUUUUAAUAUUAAGGCUGAAGCAAGAACUGACGUCGACGAAAGUGAAGUUGGAAGAAACACAAAACGAACUUUCGGCAUGGAAGUUUACUCCAGACUCGAACACUGGAAAAAAACUGAUGGCUAAAUGUAGACUGUUGCAUCAGGAAAACGAAGACCUCGGACGAAUGACGUCGAGCGGCCGGAUAGCGAAACUAGAGGGUGACUUGGCAUUACAGAAGAGUUACAGUGAAGAAGUCAAGAAAUCACAAUCAGAACUGGAUGAGCUCCUGCAGGAGUUGGACGAGGAUGUGGAGGGUAUGCAGAGCACGGUGUUGUUCCUCCAGCGUGAGUUACGGGCGUCCCACGCAACAGUGAAUGGUAACCAGCCGACGUCGCCGGCAGACAAACGUGCUUUCUCCGGUAGCGAGUGCAGCGACACGCCGCCAGGCAAGCGACGCCGCGGCUCAGAAAUAUCACUCGACUACAACGAGGACGAGAACCCCCUCACUGUGACCAACGGCGACGCCGACUAGCCCAGGACCCCAGUGUUCUUCUACCGAACACGUUUUCUGCAAAUGAACUAGUGAAAUUCGUGAGCUCUCGCAACUGUAUAGCCCCGUUGAUCUGUUUCGUUGACUCGAAAUUAAUUUUUCAAUUAUUGUGAGUGAUAUAAUUUGAUUGUUAAAAUAUUAUAAAAAACGCUGAUACAGUGAUCACUCAUUUCGUAAUGUGAAUUUAUGUGCUUAUAUAUUAACACGUAUGAAGUGUAUAUCAAUAAUGAAAUAAAUGUAUAUAUACUUUUCGUUGGAAGACAAACUUUAGAAAAGAAUAUAAUGUGUCAUUUCCACUAACAAUGAAUUGGUGAUGAUCGUGUCUAACGUGAAAAUAAGACUAAUGAAACAUUUGAUAGAUGUAUGGUUUGCGUUUCAUGCACAAGAGUGGACCAUGUGAUCAGAUAUAAUAGUGAAUCGUUUUUUGACAUUGUUUUUAUACUUGAAUAUUAAGACAAGACACUCGGUUGACAAUUUUAUAAUUUAUUUAUGAUAAGUGCAUUAAUUGUGAUAUUUAUUAGGGAAUCCAAUAAUAGAGCAAUAACGACUGUGACUUAACUUUGUGUUGCGGAAUUUCAUUUCUUGAUGGCAUUUUUAUUAUGUGCCAGAUUUGAGAAUGUAGCCAUGCCCAUAAAGUAUAGCAAUAAUAUUGAACACCAAGCUUAAUGUCUUUCUAAUUGCAACAUAUUUAUGAAAUUUAUGUGAAUUUCUACAUGAAAUGUUUCUAUUUUCAAAUUAAAAUGAAUGUAUAUAUUGCUAUGUUAAUAAACUUAUAUAACUGGC